AUGCAGGACAGUGCUUCCGUCUUGUCAAAGCUAUCACCCCAACUUGCGAGAAAUCUGCAACAGGGUGACUGCACCGAAUUGAAUGUUCCGCAUGACCUCACUACUACAAACAGCCAGCUCCUCGAGCAUUCUGAUUCUUUGAUUCUUCCUGAAUAUUCUGCAGCGUCCAUGGCCGCAUCAUAUAUUAUGAACGACUCUGUUAACACUGGGUUGACAUCAAGCUAUGCAAUCGUCAAUGAUCCGCCGGAAGAAGUGAUAAAUGCGAUAAACUUUGAUUCGCAAGUUUUGGAAAUGGGAAUUCGGGAUGGCCAGAAUGUCUUUGAUUUUGCGGAAAGCAUCGGCAAUGGCAUGGCCUCGACGGGUCCAGCAUCUUCUGACAUUAGCGCUGGUAUUGAUUCCGGCUCUUUACCGCCCGCGCUACAGUGUUUGCAUCCGUCAUGCGUUUCAAAGUCGCUCUUUUGGCGCAAAUGCGACUUGGACAAACAUGUCCGCCUACAUUCCCGCAAGUAUUUCUGCAGCUUUCCUGACUGCCACAUGGCUCAGGGCAGAAAAGGCAAAGGAUUUGGGACGAAGAGAGAUAUGCUUCGGCAUGAAGACUCGCACAAUCCAUCAAAGGCUUGUCCUUACUGCGGAAAGCUCUUCAGUCGACAGGAUAACUUGCGCGUUCACUGCAGGCGACAACACCAGAGCUGA